AGCACCAGCUGUCAGUAGUGGAGACAGCCCACCGGCCCUCUGUUAAAGCCCCUUCAUUCUUUCCCUACCUCUCUCUGUGGGGCUGGAGCAUGGGCAUUAGUGGAAGGAAAGGCAAACCCAGUCUGUAGUGCUGGCCAGCCCCAUGAUACAGAAGCUGAAAUCUCAGCUCCAGCAAACUUCAGUCAGGAGAACUCUAAGAUGACUGAAAAUCACCUUGCUUAGAGGCCCCGCCCUGGGAGUGGCUCAGACAUCUGUGAUGAGGAUAUUCUUGCAUGUGGGUGGCAGGGCCAGGAAGUUGGAGGCUCUGAUAAUCUCUUGUGAGGCUUUUGAGGACAGCCAGUUCUUCAUUGUUGGCUUUGGUCUUGUCUGACUCCACACACACAAAGCCAUGGGAACCCUGGAGGGACACCUGCUGCCAGGAGUAGGCUUCUUUCUCUUCUCAUUCUACUACUCGGUGCUGACAUCCUUGGCCCUGCUACAGGAACAGAAGGUCCUCAAGCACCCCCUGCUCCCAAGGAAGCUGCGGGGACACAGGCUGUCUUGGCAGGUAUCGUAUGAAGCAGUGUUGAAGAUAGUUGUGCCCACCUUUGGCAUUUUCGGUGAAUAUUUCUACCCCCUCGGGGUGAAUCGUGUGCAGAUGAUAGAUUGGAAGGACCCUCGGCGGCCAUUUGUCUUCAAGGACAACUGGCAGCAUGUAACCAUGUUUGGGUUCUUUAUUCUCAGUGGCGUGGUGGACAUUGUGAGCCAGUCACACCUGGCAAGUUGGGGUGUGAAGCUGAAGUGCGCAGCCGAAGCGUUGGCUUUCUAUGUGCUGAUAAUGCUGAUGGUAACCCACAUUGAGAACAAAAGCUCCUUGGAGAUCCGAGUACACCUUCUGUUAAUGAUACCCUCCUUCUUCCUUGCUCUGGUGCUCACUGUGGAGGUCUGGGUCCCCAACAAUCCUUCACUCUGGAUCCUCAAGAGUUGGCUGGGGCUGGUGUUAAGCAGCUGGAUGAUGCAGAUCUGUGAGAUGUAUAUACCUCUUACUGGACAGCCCUGGAGGACAGACGACCCUAUGGAUCACGCAUUCCUAACCAUCUUCUUCUGCUGGCACCUGGUCUUGGCGGCUGCCCUGUUCCUUGCCACCUAUGGCCUCUGCAGUCUCUGGCACAGUCGCUAUUCUUCCUGGACAAAGACGCCUGGUGCUAGGUACCAGCGCUGCCCUAUGGAAUCCAGCGGUGAGGAACUAGAAAAACUCAAGGCAGAGGCCCUGCCACAGGAUGGAGUCGUGUAG